UACGACCACGCCGUACGAUUGUUGCUCACUUUUUAGUCCUUUAUUCGCUCGGCAACGGGGAACAAAAUCCAUUAAUCCCCAAAUUGCUCGUAUCUCGGCGAUAAACCACUCCAAUGAGAUGAGAAUUUGAGCUCCUAAACCCAAAAUUCGAGCGAUUUGUCAUUUGUAACGAAGAAGUCGAGGGAGAUCGCGUUGGAAUGGCGUGUUCGUCGGAGUAAUUCGAUCUAGUUAGGGUUUCCAUUGCUGGGAUUUAGGGUUUUUUUCGGAAGGGGGCGGAGGGGCAGGAGAUGAAGGAUGUGGUGGGGAGCCCAGGGACAUGGAGUAGCCUCAUUCUGAGAUUUGGGCAGUGUGCCUUCGCGGGUGCUUCGAUCGGGGUGAUGGCCUCCGCUUUAGGGUUUUCAAGUUACACCGCAUUUUGUUACUUGAUUGCUUCGAUGGGACUGCAAGCACUGUGGAGCUUUGGACUUGCUUGUCUUGAUGUUUAUUCUUUGAAGACUAAGAGAGAUCUCCAUAACCCUGUGCUUGUGAGCUUGUUUGUGGUCGGUGACUGGGUCACGGCAGUUUUAUCAUUUGCAGCAGCAUGCUCAUCAGCUGGUGUUAUAGUUUUGUUCGAAAGGGAUGUACACUUCUGCAGAAUGUAUCCGCAAUUCCCUUGUAGUCGGUAUGAACUUUCCAUUGUAUUAGCUUUCAUUACGUGGUCGUUUAUUGGUACUUCCUCCCUCGUGAUGUUCUCUCUCUUGGCAUCGUUAUGAACUUUUCUGUAUCUCCGCUAUCUAUGUAACAUAGAUUGCUUCAUUGUCAGAAACCACACUUUGUAUGAUUGGAAAUAUUGUGAGUUCGGUUUUAAAAGUAAUCAAUUCUUGAUUUAUCAAAAAAGUUUGUAAUUGUGUGUUCUUAUUUACUUUUAGACCUCUGUGGUGGUUAUGAAUUAUAAGCACUAUUUUCUGUUGAGUUCA